UGUUUAACAGAAAUGUGUUCCAGCUCGAGUUCCUUGAGUACUAAAUACGACCCUGACCUGCUUAAAUCCGAUGUGGCACUCGCAAGGAGCCGAGUUUCUCGAUUAAAACGAGAACUCGAGCAGAUACGAGCGGAGAUGAAUUGCACGCAACGAGGAGUGGAUACUCUCGCCAGCGUGGAACAAAAAUUGAACAGCCAUCAUGGUGGUUGCUACAAUAUCAUGGAGGCGCAGGCGAUAAUGACGGAGCUUCGCAACAUCCAGAAGUCCUUGAGCUCGGGCGAGAAGGAGAAGGCCGAGCUGAUGCAAUCGCUCGCGCAGUUGAAGGAUGAAUUGACAAGGCUGCAACUGUGCGAGGGCAGUCCGGAAGCUAGCACGCUCAGCUUGCCGCAAGAGAAACUUAGUACGGCUUCCCAGACGGAUUUCUCAGGCGAGCUGGUGCCAAUCGGCACCCGAUUGGCCGAGAUGGCACGUAUGAGGCUGCAAUACGAUGAAGCGAGGAAACAGAUCCAGCAUAUUCAACAGCAAUUGGCGGAUCUUGAGGAGAAGGUGACGCCUGGUCAGACCGAGAGCGAUAAGGACAAGCUGUUGUUGUUCCAGGAAAAGGAACAGCUGCUGAGGGAAUUACGUAGUAUCACACCGCGCACGAGAACGCAGCAAGACAUGAAGAAGAUCCAGUUGGAGAUCCGUAGACUUGAACAGGAUCUUAAUACCGCGUUUGAACUGUCGAACAAGACUAUCACCGAUCGCGUGCGGCUGCACGAAGAGAAGCAGCUGUUGCUGCAGCAACUCAGAACCGCACUGCGCUCGAUGGCGAUGUUGGAGGGUCAGUUGAAGACGUUGAGCGCCAGUACGUUGUCCGUGAGCAGCAGUUCCAGCCUCGGUAGUCUCAGUACGACCAGCAGCAAGGGUUCUCUCAGUUCUGGACUUAGUUUCACGGAUAUUUAUGGCGGUCCACAGUGUCUGGGUUCGGCUAGUUCGCAACAGGAACGACCGGUCGACAUGGUCGAUCUUCACAGACGUGUCGAAAGACUCUUGCGCGGUUCCGAGCAGAAUAAUCUCGUUGGUACACCCUCGCCUGGCAGAUCGCAGCCCAGUCUCUCACCAAGAUCGAGCCUGUCAAGCGUCAGCCCGCCGGUAUCGCCGUUGUACGAAAACGCGCCGAUGGGUCCGCCACCCGCUUAUGAGCAAGUGGAACUCCAGAGAAGGCAGUAUCAGAGAGCAGCUCCCGCAACGGUAGUGACGGCGACGGCGGUGACGCCAACGGCAAUGGCAUCAGCGAUCAGCGGUGCCAUCGGAUCGCAUUUGGACGGGAAUCAAUUGGAGGAUCGUCUGUCGGAAUUUAGACUUAGUCAGCAGCAAGGAGUAGUGUCGCAGCAGGAGCAGCAGUCGUGCUCCGUCAAUUCGCAGGAUCGUCUAAAGCUCGUAGGCGGUCCUCAUCCACCGGUUGAGCUGCAGUCGAGUAACAUGUCCCAAGGUAGCGGCCUGGGUAGGCCCGGUGCGGGUAACGUGCAGCUGCAGCUGCAACAGGCACCGUCACUGUCCCUACCGCAAGAGCCGCCUCCUUUGUCGCCGAUCAGCGAAACACCACCGCCUACCGGAAUCAGAUCAAGGGCCAGCAGCUCCGGUACUAAUACCAGAUCUGUUUCUGCCGCGGUCUCUGACGAGAGCGUCGCGGGUGAUUCAGGUGUCUUCGAGGCAUGCAAUCGGAAAGUUGUCUGGCCCAUCACCGACGUGGAUCCGCUG